UUAAUUUUAAUGCGAAACUUUAUUUUAAGGAAACGUUGUUCGCGGAUAUUAAAAAUUCUGACAAUGCGUUUCAUUGAUCAGAGACGAAAUUUUAGAGAAGAAUUUUGUAUUUUAAUUUAAUGAAUUGUGAAAGUAGGCAGCGACAUUGUUUAGAAUCACGCUUUUCACUAACUAAAUUAAUUAUAGUUAGUUUAUUAUCAUUGAGUAAAAAGUUCAAUUGCUCAAUACGACAGUGAUAAGAUAAAAGAUGUCAACGGUUCUAAUUAUUAUGAAAUAACAAAAAAUAAUCAGUACAUUAUAAUAUUUUAUAAUAGGUUAACGUGUGAAUUAGUAAAAUGCUUGUGUUAAUAACCUCAAUUUUAAUACCAAUAUUUUUUGUGUUAAUUUUUCGGUUUUUAAAUACGAAAAAUAAAGCACCUAUUUUCGGUGUAUACCAGCAGAAGAAUAAGACUUAUUGGUUCAAGUUUCUAUUCAUGUACACAAUUUUAAAAAUAAGACAGUUGAAAGUACAUUUACAACGACUUUUUGCCGUCGAAUUGGGUCGAAGCAGCGAUGGUGUAAUGCAUGUUCAAGACCACGACGUUAAUCUCGAAAAACUUUAUAAUCUUGGCGAUAACCCAAAGGCAGUGGAUGGAACAUAUUUUAAUGGCAUGUCAAAAUCUGGAGCAGCUCUUAUUUGUGGAUUAGCAAGACGACCUCAACGGAUAUGCGAUGCUUUUUUGUUUUUAAAGAUAGAUGGAGAAGAAGUUUUAUUAACACCAAGCCUACCAGAUACAUAUCUUAAGAAGUCCAGUGAAGAUGAUGACAGUCAUGAAGUCCAAGGUUUAUCCGUUGCUAAUUUUAUACCAAUGCGUACUUGGAAACUAUCGUAUAAUGGGGAAAUGAAGCCCCGAAAUGAUCCAAAUAAGAAAAUAAGAGUAGAGGCUAAUUUGACAUGGAGUGCUAAUUUUCCUCCAUUCGAAUACGAUUCCCAGAUGUCUCCUAAAAGCAUGGCUAGUGACAUGGCAAGGGAACCCUGGUCUGCUGACUACUUUAAGUUACUUAAAAAGUUUCACCAAACUCACUACGAGCAGGCGGGAUACAUCAAGGGCACCGUAUUAGUAGACGAUAAACUACACGAAUUGAAUAUGCCUUGUGUUAGAGACCGGAGUUUCGGACCAUUGCGGGAGUGGCGAAAUUUCCAUCGUUAUGUUUAUCAUUUUAUAUUCCUUGACAAUGGAGACUUUAUAGCCGUGGGAAGUAUAUCGCAACCAUCAAUUUUAUCCCACCUCACAGUUGGCUACUUCUGCCGAAUGUCGGACCAAUCAGUGAUAUCGGUCGAUUCUUCGAACUUCCAAUUGUAUCAACACGGAGAAAAUCAACAACUACCCAAGGAUUAUGGGUUUAUUUUUGAGGCUGGUGGAGAAUCAUAUAUCGUGAAAGUUCAAGCUAAGGACGAAGUCACAUUUUUCAUUGGAAAAGACAAAGAAGCAAAGUUCUACGAAAAGUGGUGUGAUAUUGAAGUUAAUGGUAUGAAGGGUCAAGCUUGCGUAGAAUGGCAAUAUAACAAUGAGGUACCAAUAUAACAUUUUCAAACA